UCAGAAAAAAUAUAUGCCUUAAACUUUGAUUAUUUUAGUUAUAAGAUGACAUAACCGCUUUGUGUAGAAUUGCUGGCUCGGUACAGUAGAACAGAUAAGGGCAAGUGUUUGUUCUUUGUAACUCUUCUGCAAAUGCUUCGCUCACCGCGGCCUUGAAGGUAGAAAAAAAAAAAAAAGUAUGUACAAAGUAGAUUUCCAGGUGCAAGAAGGAGGUUUGUGAACUAACCCUAUCUCCCCCAUAAUUCCCAUCCUGAUAACAGCAAAGAAAUAAUGAAGUAAUAUUAUAGCCGCUUUUCAUGCUAAUUUCACUAUAUGAUCACGUGAGUUGUAAGCGACUGUUAAAAAGUAUAUAAGCCUCCUGAUUUUGCUCUUGGGGGGGGACCCCUUCCAAGUGCUUGGAAAAUCCAUGUCACUUUGGAACUCCCCCUACAGCUGUAGUUUCUUUUGAAUAAAAGCUUCUGCUGACCUGACCCAAAAGUACUCUGUGUGUGUUUCCACGACAAUUCCUGGUGCCGUGACUCGGAUCCAGAACACAGGCUGAGGAAGGAGGACCGCAGGCUACCCCCCCCCCGAACCCUGAGGCGCCAAACUUGAGAGGUCCAAGAAGCCUUACCUCAACCACCGGAUGUUCCCUGUCACAACCUCGAACCAGGGGAUUGGAUCUACGUAAAGGUCUAUCAACGGAAAAACGCACUUCAACCCAGAUGGAAAGGACCUUUCCAGGUACUUCUAACCACUAAUUCUGCUGUUCGUUGCCAAGGUCACCAAACGUGGACUCACGCCUCACACUGCAAGAAGGUAUCACCUCCAUUGGACCCCGAAGCAGCUGUAUUCCAACCAAGGUUGGGAUCUUUCCCUGAGGCCAAGGACAAAGACCCUCAGGACCUCACUCAGGCAAGUGAGGAGCAUCAGGGUGCAAGUGCUAGUAACCUCUCCCCUGCACCCAACACCUCAGCCCAGCCGGAUUCAUCAGUUGAAGAACGAAGAUAUCAUCUUCGGCCUCGAAGAAAGUGAAUGCUCCCAUUCGGAAGAUCACCACCUCGAUCAAGACCAAGAGCCGACAUUAUCAGUCCUUUAGGUAACUUGAGCCCAGAGGACGAAGAAAGACUUUGGCUGCCAUCCUGGGUUUGGCUGGUAGUGUUCUUUUUCUUACUGGUGCUGGUUAUGUUUGUUGUUUAGAUUCUUUGUCCCUCCUGUAUCUAAAAAUGGCACUGAUAGCCUUAUAUAUCACACUUGGGUAUCUCAGUAUCACCCAAGGGGGGUGGGAGAAAAAUUUGUAUUUGCAGAUCUCCCAUGCGGUGGCUCAAGCUGGAAAUAAAAGUGACUGCUGGAUAUGCUCUCACAGCCCAGCACACCUACACCAAGGAAUCCCAAUGAUCGGAGUACCAAUAUCCCUCCAGCAAUGGGGAACAAUAAACGGCGGCUUCGUUAGACACUACUCGUUAGCUGCCCAUCGGUCCGCUCCUAAAGAAUGGAGGGCCGCCCCUGCUAACUGGAUAAUCUCCCCAAGAGUAGAGGCGCCUUUCUGUUACAGAUCCAACAACACAGGAGCUUAUAAUAAAGCCACACCUGUAGGACACUACCCUCAUUGCCUAACUACUCUAGAUUAUAGCCCUAGUAGCACCAGUGGAAUCCUGUUGGGUAACGUACCCUCUCUCAAUUGUACAGGAUUCAUGGUCUACAACUUUUCUAAGGAACCUCAUGUUGCUCUCAUUGCAAACAGAUCAGAAUUUUACAUUCACUCCAAUUUUACUUCUUGUAAUAUAUCUCGGUCCAGCAGAAUAACAGCUGAACGUGGACCGUCCUAUACGAUGCAUAUCAAUCGAAAGUGCCGGAUAGGGCACAACAACUGCCGAGAUUUGAGUACCCUUUCUGCCCCAGGCCUUUACUGGCUCUGCGGAAACAGGGCUCAUAAAAUCUUGCCCUGGAAUUGGGUGGGGGCAUGCACUCUUGGACGUGUUAUCCCUGGUUUCGAAAUGCAUAGUGCAAUAUAUCUGGAACAAGUAAAAAAUUUCAACCAUCACAUGAAAAGGGCGGUUAACCCCUUAGCUACCAGAAACACAGGGUUCCAUCGAUUUGUGAGAACCUUCAUACCGUGGCUUGGAGUAAGAGAAUUGGAACUAGCCAUAAUUAACAUUUCAGCCACAAUGGAAGCUAUGGGAAAUGCCACUGCGGAUGCAAUUCAGGCUCUGCAAAAAGAGAUCUCCCAGAUCUCACAAGUAACUAUACAACACCGCAUAGCCCUAGAUUACCUAUUGGUAUCCCAGGGAGGAGUAUGUGCCUUAGUAAACUCCACCUGUUGUGUCUAUGUCAAUCAGGACAUGCGAAUCGAAACUGACAUUCGCAAAAUCCGAAAUCAGUUAAGGGUCCUACAUCAAGUGGCCUCAGAAAAUACUGACUGGGGUCUAGAAGAAAUGUGGUCUUGGCUAACCUCCUGGCUCCCAGAUUUCGGGGCCCUUGGCAAGAAAAUCCUGUAUGGAAUAUUGUUUGUCUUGAUAGUUCUGAUAAUGUUCUAUGUCUUAAUGCAACUGAUCCUCUGCUGCGUGAAAGCCAGCAGGGGAAGCUUUAGCAAGGCAAGAAAACCCACAGCAGAGUCUAGAAUAAUGGUGUUACAAAAGUGUGAGCAGAUUGAAAGAAAACAUGAAAGGCUGCAUGAUGAAAUAGAGGGGCUCAUGAGAAUGGAAAUUUAAGGCUAAAGUGAGACUAAAUAGUCUCAAAGGGGGGGGCUGUGGAAUCAGAAAAAAUAUAUGCCUUAAACUUUGAUUAUUUUAGUUAUAAGAUGACAUAACCGCUUUGUGUAGAAUUGCUGGCUCGGUACAGUAGAACAGAUAAGGGCAAGUGUUUGUUCUUUGUAACUCUUCUGCAAAUGCUUCGCUCACCGCGGCCUUGAAGGUAGAAAAAAAAAAAAAGUAUGUACAAAGUAGAUUUCCAGGUGCAAGAAGGAGGUUUGUGAACUAACCCUAUCUCCCCCAUAAUUCCCAUCCUGAUAACAGCAAAGAAAUAAUGAAGUAAUAUUAUAGCCGCUUUUCAUGCCAAUUUCACUAUAUGAUCACGUGAGUUGUAAGCGACUGUUAAAAAGUAUAUAAGCCUCCUGAUUUUGCUCUUGGGGGGGACCCCUUCCAAGUGCUUGGGAAAUCCAUGUCACUUUGGAACUCCCCCUACAGCUGUAGUUUCUUUUGAAUAAAAGCUUCUGCUGACCUGA